AAAGACGUGAGACAGAAGCUAACAUUCCACUUGUAUGGUGAUCAUUAAGAGAUUCCUUGUUACAUUGUAAAUUAUCAUUUGUUUUUCUCUGUAAAUUAGAAUUUUGUGAUAUUGGAACAUUUCCGUUCAAAAAUUGAAAACCGAUUUGAUCGCAUCGCAUUCAUAACCAAGAAGAUCACAUUUCACCAAAGCAAUCGCAACAAAUACACCCGAACUAUAUUACUGACGAUGUUCAUUCAACGAUUGGAGAACAACUAUACUUGAGUGAAGAGAUGGCGGACUUUUACUUCAUAUUCGAGACGACUGAUAGCGAUAGUGAAUAUGAACGUGUUGCGGCCCACAAACUACUAUUAGCCACUGGAAGUGAUGUCUUCCGAGCAAUGUUCAAUGGAUCAUGGAAAGAACAAUACGAGACCAAAAUUACUGACGCCUCAGCUGACGAGUUCAAGCAAUUUCUUCAAUUCUUCUACAUCAACACUGUUGAAAUAACUAUGGACAGCAUUGCCAAAGUUAUGUAUCUGGGGGAUAAAUACAAUGUUCCAAAUUGCUUAAGUGUAUGUGAAAAAUUCGUUAUUGAUUUGAUAACCGAUGACAAUGUGUCAUGGGCUUAUGAGAUUGGAAUAGCGAUCAAUCAAGACAAGUUGAAGAAAUACUGUGAAACUAUCAUUGGUUUGAACACAAAAGCAGUACUAACAUCGGACAGCUUUCUUGUAUGCACUCAAAAUACUUUGGGUCGCAUUUUGAGCAUGAAACAUUUAUCAUGUACGGAAGCUGAACUGUUCGAAUCAUGCAUGCGUUGGGUGAAAGUUUCAAGUGGACAGGAUGACUUAACGAAGGAAAUUGUUCAAACGGAACUCGGAUCCUUAUUUGACGAAUUGCCUUUUGGUUCAAUGUCGUUGGAUGAGUUUUCCGCACUUGAUCCAUUAUACGGUAAUCUAUUUACGUUCGAUGAAUACAGAGAAGUUAUUCGAAUGAUUGCGUCCAAAGAAUUGAAGCCAACCAAAUUCAAUGGAAACCAUCAAAAACGAUACGAUGAAAUGAUUCCAUCCUUUGAAGGAGAUAGUGUUCAAUUCAAUCGAUUAAUAUCCAAAUAUGGGUCUUCAAAGCCGUAUUACAUUCAAAACAUUGAAACCACAACAUUUUCAACCAACGAACCGAUAUUUCUAGUAGCGUUUGAAUGCUCAAAGGUUUUCACUAAAUACUCGAACUAUGAAGAUGGCAUUGAUUCGACUGAUAAAUUAUCAACUGACAUAAAAAUCGUAACAUUACCUGGUCCAACGGAUUCCAGCAAAGAAAUUGUACUUUAUGAAGGAACAGGCGUUCUAGAGGUUGGAAAGCGAGCUAAAAUUUUGCUAAACAAACCGAUUCUUAUUAGAAGCGGAUUAAUUCAUGAAAUACGUAUGAAUCAGUCUCCUCCUGAUAGUUCUUAUACUUCUGCGCUGUUAAAGACAGAAGUUCAAGUUCAGUCAGAUGUCAAAAUUCAAUUCCAUGGUGAUCCAUUCGAUGGAGAUACCGAUGUUGCCAGAGGCCUAAUUUUAGGUUUUGAAUUUCACAGAAUUUAGAAGGAAUAAUUUUGGGGUGUGAUUUUUGUAAACAAAAGAAAAAUAAACAAAUAUGCGAGUAAUUUCAAUAAUAAAUCACUUUUAGUCGAUACGAUUGCCGCUAAAUUCAAAUAAUGUUGAAAAAAAAAUGUAGAGAAACUUCAUUUGUUAUAAAAUAAACUAAAUUUGAAUAUUCUGGUGCAUAUAACUAAGCAUUUAUUUCAGAUCAUAAAUUUGCCUGAAUAAAACAGCAAAACAUUUUCUAAAAAUAUAAUUAGAUGCCUACUAGCUAGAAGAGGCAAUGCAAUGCAAAAAUAAUGUGUGAAAAUGGUUUAAAAAUUGUAUGAAAUUCAUUGAAAAUGUUAAAUGUGUGUUUAAAUAAAAUGUAAUUAAGGCUUCA